UACUCCCAAAUUCAAAGAUCAGAAAAAAGAAAAAAUUCAUCUCCCUUUCAAAUUAGGGUUUUGAGAACGUCUCUCUUCUCUCUCUCAAUUCCCAAUCUCAAUUUUCCGAUUCCGGUGAUGGACUCAGACGUCGACGUCUCGCGUUGGGUCCUCGAGCUCCUCCUCCGCGACCGCGAAAAGGAGAGCGUCGCCAAGCGCGUCAUCGCCGCCGCGCCGCUCUCCAACCACGACCGGCGGCUGAAGAAGACGCUCCUCCUCCACACAAUCGAGUCCCAAAUCUUCGACGAGGCCGCCGUCACCGAGACCAUCCUCGAGUCCUUGGAGUCGAUCGAGGCUCUGGACCGCGGCCAAGGGAUUCCGGUCACCGACGCCAUGCGAGCGGCCUACUGCGCCGUCGCGACGGAGCUGACGGUGAAGUUUUUGGUGUGCUUUGAAGGGAAGCCGGGCGGGAAGUACAUGGAGGCGGUUGAUAGGGUUUGGAGAGGUAGGGUUAGGGUUUUGGAGGAGGCUGAGGGUUGCGAGCUGGUUUCGGCGGAGCUGAAGGAGAGGAGGGAUGAGGUGGAGGCUGGGGUUUGGGAUAUGAGGGUUUCGAAGAGGCUGGGGAGUUUAAAUAGUAGGAAUGAUGCUUUGAGAUCGGUUGCGGCGUAUGUGAAGGAAGCAUUGGCAAUGCUGGGUCCUCCAUUUGCUGCUUGGGCUGUUAGGUUUUGUAUGGAGAAGGGGAGUUUAAGCUCGCCAGGCGAGAAGGUUGUGGUGGAGAGUGAUGGUAAUGUGGGUGAUGGGGAUGAAAUGGAGGUGGAAAUGGUGAAUGUGGUUGAUUUGGAUGUGCCAAUGGCGAAUGGAGUUGAUUCGGGUGAUGGUUCCGAGCACAAUCCUGUGAGUGAACAGGAGGUGCAGAGGCCGGAUGGGGCUAAUGUGCAAUGUGGGUCUCAAUUGGAGGAACAGGGGCUAGAUGGAGCAAAUGAUGGUGGUGCUGAUAGGUCUGAACUGGAGGCGCAAAAGGCGAAUGGGGCUGAAGUUAGAAAUGCCUCUGAACCACCUAAUGGAAACCGUGGUGUCCUCCGCUGUGAACCCACAAGUAAAGUGAAAGAAACUCCAAGGGUCUCAGCAGUUAGACACAGGCAUGGUCCAGCGAAGAUUAGAGACGAUGAAGAUGUGGUUACAGAACUAUCGGCCGGAAAAUAUAACUCAGUGACUAGUGCUGAAGUUAGAAGAGUACAAGAGGAGCUGAAGGCUAGUGUUUCUGCUCUACAUGGUGUAGUGACAGACCAACUUUCUUACGCUUUGCGCAUAGCGGAAGUGGUCUGUUCUGAGUUGGGCUCUGUUGUAAGUGGAGAACACGAACGUGCAGCAAAUCCAUCUGUGGAAGAGAAUGCCCCGCCUGAUCAAUCUAAUAAUGAUAAUCAUGCAAACCAGUCUAGUCAUCAGAAUGAUGUUCCCCAAUGUAAUGGGAAAGAAAAUGAUGCACCAACAGACAAGGGGAAGGAUACAGAGAAUGCUCAAAUGGGGGGUGUCGAUCAUGGAAAUCCAUCUUCCAGUUAUCAAAAUGUUCAUCGAGCGAGCUUGAUGGAACGUAACAGCACUGCCCGUACUUAUGAGUGGGAUGACUCGCUAGGCAUGUCACCUGAACAAACAUAUGGUAAGGGGAGACUUCACAUACCUAGCCCAAAAAGGAUCACUGUUUCUCCACUAAAGAAGUAUGAGGAUAAAAGAAUAUCCAAGAGGAGAAAAAUCAGGAGAUGGAGCUUAGAAGAAGAAGAGACAUUAAGGACUGGUGUGCAGAAGUACGGCAGAGGCAAUUGGAAGGUUAUUUUGGAUGCAUACCGAGCCGUAUUUGAAGAGAGAACAGAGGUUGAUCUAAAAGACAAGUGGAGAAAUCUGACAAAGUAGAGACACCUGUGAAUAGGCAGGUACUCAGAUUGCUUUAUAUGUGCAAUAUGAUAUUUGUAUAGGGUAUGUGUACACAUGUUAACGAAAGGAUGCAUAAAAUGCUUGAAGUGUAAGCAUAAAAUGCUUGAAGUGUAAGCAUCAAAUGUAAAUGUAAUGUAAUUAAAGCUUUAUAUAGAGAAGGACACUCGGGGAUCUAUGACCCUUGUAUCAAAAUUACUGAUGGAACCUGGAAUUGAUAGGCCAAACUUCUAAUGGAACAUUUGAAAGAGACAUAUACAAGAAAUUUCAUGCU